AUGGAGAAGGUUCUGGUCUUUCUGCUUGUUACCAUUGCAGUGGCCUAUGCGGCUCCUGAUCCCCGGGGACUUGUUAUCAAUCUGGAGGAGGGCGAAAUCUGCCUGAACAAAAUCCAGUGCAAGAGCGGUUGCUGCCAACAUACGAGUGCGAUAAGCGUGGCCCGCUGCGCACCAAUGGUCAGAGAGAACAGCGAGUGCUCGGCCUCGUCGCUCUAUGGAAUUUACUACAAGUGUCCCUGUGAGCGGGGCCUGACCUGCCAGGGGGACAAGAGCAUCGUGGGCUCCAUCACCAACACCAACUAUGGCACCUGUAUUGACGCUGGACGCUCCAAGCAGUGA